AUGUCAAAAUUAAAUCAUGAUAUUCUUUAUGAAAUUUUUCAAAAUUUACAAGACUUAAUUAAUAUUAAUUCAAAUUAUCUGGAAAAUUCAAACAAAGAGAUAAAUUAUAAAGGAUUUAAACGUUCUCAGUUUUCUUGUUUGUUAGUUAACAAGAGUUGGUGUGAAGUCAUGAUUCCAUUUUUAUGGAGUAAUCCUUUUAAAUAUGGUUAUAUGAAAAGUCCAUUAUUCGAAACUAUCAUUUCACAUUUAUCUGAUAAUUCAAUUAAAAUUUUGAAAGAUAAAAAUAUCAUUAGAGCAAAUUUUCAAAAGCUAAAACUUUCAUUUAAUUAUAUUAGAUUUUGCAAAUAUUUUCAUGAUCUUCAUAUUUUUCCAGUUGAUUCAAAAAUGUUAUUGAAAGAAGAAAUUUAUAAGCUUUUUAUUAGUGAAUGUUCGUCUAUAAAGUGUUUGAAUUCAGAUAUGGCACAUUACCCAAUAUCAAAAUAUCCGGGAGCAAAUAUUUCUCUUUCAAAUCUAUAUGAGAUAUAUUGUUCUAAUACAAUUGAUCAAGAUUUUUAUUAUGGAUUGGCACAAAUAUGCAGAUCAAUAGAAGAAAUUUAUGUGAGAAUUUAUAAUGAAGAAAGUUCUGGAAUUGCUGAAUUAAUUGAAAUGCAAAAACAAAUUAAAUACGUGUUUAUAGAUGGAUUUUAUGAAUGCAAAAAGAUUACUCAGGCUUUAGAAAAACAUGCAAAUUCAAUUAUUCAUUUGGAAACAACCAAGUAUACAUCUGUUAUACAUUUUCUCAUUCCAAAAUUAAUUAAUCUACGAUAUUUAAAAGUAAAUGAUAAUUAUUGUGAACUAAAGAAGUAUGUAAUCUAUUUAAAUCAUUAUAACCUUCAAGUACUUGAUUUAUGUUUCUUACCUUCACUUGAUAUAGCUAUAAAUAUUAUUAAAAAUACUAAUGGAAAUCUUUGGAAAAUUAGGAUUGAAAAUACUAAAUAUUAUGAUAAGGCAAAAGAAUAUAAUCAGAAAAUACACAAAUAUUGUCCAAAUAUAAAAUAUGUAACAGUAUUUUUGAAUAGAGAUGGAACCCUGGAAGAAUUAGAGAAAAUUUUCAUCAAAUGUCAACACUUGGAGGCAAUAUAUAUAGAUGAUGAAAUUAAACAUGAAUAUAUUGAUAAAUUCCUGAAUUUGUUGCUUGAAUUAGCUCCUCUCACUUUAUGCAAAAUUCACAUUUCUUAUAUAGAUAGGUGCUUUAACACUAAUGAAUCUUUAGAAUUAUUUCUUAUUAAUUGGGAUCAUCAUAAAGGUAAAAAAACUUUACAUUUAUAUAGUAAUUAUAUAAAAAUAAAUAAAGAUAUUGUAGAUAAAUAUGAUAUUAAGGAUUUUUGGAAUGAUUAUUUCAUGGGUAUGGAUAAAUAUAAUUCAUAUUAG